AUGGAUUCGCAGACUAACGAUGCCAACCUUGACGGUGAAGCUCACGACAUUAACAGGUCAGACCACAGAGAUGAGGCGGAGGAUGAAGAUUACAAGUCUCAACCUCAUACUGGCGACGGAGCCAGUCCUGGGAAAAUCUUUAUAGGGGGUUUGGCCAGAGAGACAACUACAGCGCAAUUUAUAAAGCAUUUCGGCAAAUACGGUGAAAUUAUAGAUUCAGUGAUAAUGAAGGACCGGAAAACGGGGCAGCCCCGCGGGUUCGGUUUUGUGACCUAUGCAGACCCCUCUGUCGUUGAUAAAGUCAUUGACGAAACUCAUGUUAUCAAUGGCAAACAAGUGGAAAUCAAGCGCACAAUACCGAGGGGUGCAAUGGGGUCUAAGGAUUUCAAGACUAAGAAGAUUUUCGUGGGUGGAAUUCCAACAACCGUGAAUGAAGAUGAGUUUAGUGACUUCUUUUCACAGUUUGGAGAGGUCAAGGAGCAUCAGAUUAUGCGAGACCACUCCACCGGUCGCUCCCGUGGCUUUGGAUUUAUUACCUUUGACACAGAGCAAUCAGUUGACGAACUCUUGGACAAGGGGAACAAGCUUGAGUUCGCUGGAGCUCAGGUGGAGAUUAAAAAGGCAGAGCCAAAGAAGCCAAACCUACCUGCAGCCCCAUCUAAACGUUACAGUGAUUCUCGGCCUGCAUAUGGUGGUGCGUAUGGAGAUAGCUAUGGGGGAUUUGGAGGUGGAGGUGGCGGUUAUGGUGGCGGUUAUAGGUCAACUGCGGCCUAUGGUGGUAGGGGAGGCAGUGCAUAUGGAGGAUAUGGUGGAAGUGAAUUUGGUGGCUAUGGAGUAUAUGGAGGAGGUGGUGGUGGUGGGGGUAUAGGGGCGUAUAGGGGAGAAUCAUCCAUAGGAUACUCGGGCCGUUAUGGAGGAGCCUAUAGCAGAGGUUAUGAUCUAGGAGGCGGUUAUGGUGGAGCUGGCGAGAGUUAUGGGGGAUAUGGAAGUGCUGGUGGUGCAGCUGGUGGUGGUUACGGGAGUGGUUAUGAUGCAGGUUUUGGAGGUGGCUACGGAGGUGGUAGUGGAGCUUCCUUUUAUGGUAGUAGAGGGGGAUAUGGUGGUGCAGGUAGCGGUCGAUAUCAUCCAUAUGGGAGGUAG